AUGACGAUAUUAUCGCUUGUAUACUUCGGUCUGUUACUCAUGUUCGCCGGGAUCAUGCUGGCGUAUUUCGUGCUCCUUUGCAGGGCGAGGGCCGCGGCGGCGUGGGAGGCUGAGGCGGAGACGAGUGACGAAAUAGGGUUGACGGCGGAGGAGCUGGAGAAGAUGGAGGAAGGGAAGAUGGUGGUGGUGGGCGGGGGAGAGUGUGCGGUGUGCUUGGAGGAGAUGGCCGAAGGCCAGGCGGCGCGGGUGUUGCCAGGUUGCUGCCACGCCUUCCACCGCCACUGCGUCGACGCCUGGCUCCAACGCCACCCCUUCUGCCCCCUCUGUAGGGCCCGUCUCCUCCCUCCCUCUCAACACCAACCCCAGUCUCCUCCUUCUUGA